UUGACACCCAAACUGUCCCAAUGUCAAAAAUUUGCAUUUUUUUGAUCAUUUUUGCCGUCACCGAAGCCAGAUUUAGACGAGACGACGAUUGUCAAGACGAAAUCGUCAUCAACCCAGAACUUUGUUCGCCUGAUUACGACAACGAAGCAGUUAUGUCGGUGACAAACAGUGAAAAAAUACUCAAAAGUGAGUUAAAAACUAAAUGUGAGUACGAUUCAAAGUCAUCCGUUUGGUACAUCAAUGACGAUGUGAAGAAAAAAAACGCCGAGGAAUUCACUAUCGUCCCCAGCGAGCUUGAUCUUGGUAUAACCACUGUCCAAGUGGAGAUGGAAGUCAAAAGGGGGGACCAAAUUUCAAAACCUAAACUCCGGUGUUACAUCAAAACCGUCACGCAGAAGUUAAAUGUGGUUAUCGAAGGUGGUACCUCCAGGACAGUCGAUGAAGGUUCCGAUUUUGUCAUGGAUGGUACCAAAACGAACAAAUAUCAAUUGGAACCAAGCGAAGAGAAGGACUGGAAGUUCAAGUGGGAGUGUUCACUGCAAAAGGGUACCAAUUCGGAUUUCUGCAAGAAAAAAUACACAGGGAGUACCCUUACAGUACCCGCGAAGUUCGCACUCAAAAACCACGUGUAUAAAUUCACUCUAAAUGUCAGAGCAAGUGACCAACUUCCAUGGGAAGAAGCCACUCAAGUUGUGACAAUUACAAAAACAAACUGCAAGGAUAGAGUGACCAUUGACCCAAAAUUUUGUACCCCAAACAAGAAUCAACCAUUUGAUUUGACUAAAAGUCAAGUCCUUGAAGGUAAGUUCACAAGUAACUGCGAUGUCUAUUCCAAGAAAUUCGAAUGGUACCUCAAUGGUAAAGAACAUUCUGAUGGUACCCAAUUCCAAGCCGACAAAAAAACCCUUUCUGAAGGUUUAAACGAGAUUAAAUUAGUAACAGAAGUCAAUAGAUUAGGCAAAAUCCUGCGUCCUGAAACCAUCUGUUACAUAAAACUCACAAAACCACCAUUGAAACCCAUUAUUCAAGGUGGUACCUCUCGUACCGUCGAUGAAGGUUCCAGUUUCGUCAUGGAUGGUUCCCAAUCGCUUGACGAUGAAGGCAAACCCAACUCUUCGGGAAGAUUGGAAUACAAAUGGCAAUGUGUACUUGAAAAAGGCCCCUUCGACAAUUUUUGCCAACACAUAUAUCGUGAGAGUACCAUAACAGUACCAGCCGAGUACUCAAUCGGUGGUUCCGUCUAUAAAUUCACUCUUAGUGUCAAAAUGGACGAUGAUGUGACUUGGGAUUACAAAACCGACCAAAUUGUGACAAUCCCUCAAAAACAACCAACAGGGAUUAAAAUCAAAUCGUGUCAAGUGACCCCAAAAACUGGUACUGCUGUCAAAACAAAAUUCAAGGUUGGGUGUCAAUACACAGGUGAUGCGGCUUCAUUUGAGGUUUACACAGUUAAACAAGGCAAAAAUGUACCACUUGUUGAUGCUGUCCGAAUUGAGGAUUUAGAAUUUCUCCUCCCGAGUGAUGUUGAGGUUUUUAUCCGGAUUAAAGACAUUGAGGAUUCUAGUGACGAGUCAAAGUUAAAUGUUAAGGUUCAAAGUGCCUCAAGUGAAAUCACGAGUUUGACUCAAAAUGUCAAAGAUUUGGUCAAUGACAAACAAGUAUCAAAGGCGGUACAAAUCGCCAAUGGGAUUAUUGAGGAGAUUGAGUCAAAUCCCAAUGAGAAAAACAGGGAAAUCAAGCAAGACUUGUUGAAAACUUUCGUUGAAACAAAGGUGGAGUCACAUGAGGAUGCUCAACAAAUCUACUCAAUUGUCAGUCGAAUUGUUUACAAUCCUGAUGCGGAAAGUGACCCUUUUCAAGGCGAAUUGGCCACUAAAGCGUGCAAAAAUAACGCCAAAAUCGAUUUUACCAACUUGAAAAGCAAACAUUUCCCUAAAAAAAUGGCAAAGGAGAUUAGAACCAAUGCGAAAAUUUUGAUGAAUUGUGGCGUGACUGACACCAAACCGAACCAGAAACAAUUGGAGCAGAAAAGACUCGAUUUUAAUGUCACUACCCCGUUUCCGGUGGUCACACUUCCGGUCAUAACGGAAGAGUACCAAGACUAUGACGCCAAUGACAAUGCGGCUUCCAAAGCCCAAAAAUACGAAGAAGCCUCACGAAAUUACAUCGAUAUUUGCAAAACGACACUUGAAAUGUUGGCUUUGACCUCUAUCAAGGACACGAUUAUGACCUCUACGGUCAAUGUCAGUGCCCAAGUGACACGUUCCCAAGGUUGGAAACUCCUAGGUCGUGAAAUAAAAAUUUCAGGUGCUACAUUUUCCCUUUCACAAGAUUUGGAUACAAACGAUUUAGUCGAUGUGAUGGUAUGUUCCUGGCGGAGGAACCCAUUCUGGUGGAUGGGUUGGGUCGUGGUAACUAACGUGGUACUAGUCAAGGUUAGCAAAAUGGGCCAGGAUUUGGUACAUUUCAACCAACCACUCAAAAUGGUUUUGGAGGUGCACCAAAACCGGAAAGAGGAAAUUGUGGUUCAUGAAAUCGUCAAUGGUGGUUUGACCGUAGUGAGGAUUGAGGUCAAGGCAGGACAGAGUUUUUUCGUAAAAUUUUUGCAAACCACCAGUGAUUUUCGGGUACUUUUGACCGAGUUUGAGAAACCUUCCUUGAGUAUGGUUCAAAAUGGUCAAUUGGUGCAAGAUGGACAAGUUUUGUACCAGGAGAAAGUGAGCGGGUAUGAUGCUUGGUGGUACAUUUCGAGUGUGUCAGGAGGGUACCAUUUGAGUGUUUAUACCAUGUCGUGCUACCAAUGGAACGUGAGUCGGAAAAUUUGGGUUUUUGCAUGUAGAGGUGGUGCCAAUUCGAGUGGUACCCAAAUUGAGUGUUUGUGUAACCAUUUAUCGAUUUUGUCAGGGAUUGUGUAUAAUAACCCAAUCAAGGUUGAGAAUAAUGUGACAGAACCAGAUUUCCAAAUGGUACUAAUUCGGUCACCCAUUAUUUUUAUCUGUGUUGCCACCAUUGUGGCCCUCUAUUCCGUUUCUUUGAUUCUUGUUGUGAAAGAAAGAGUCAAAACAAUGAUUAUCUACGUUCCUAGUGACAUUUCCUCGUACUCAAGGUACCCCUACUUGGUUCUGAUUCAAACAGGAAAAAAACCAUCAUCUGGUACUUCCUCAAAUGUCUGUAUUAAAAUUUUCGGCGAGCUGGAUUCAAGUCAAAGCCACGUCCUCAAUUAUCCCGAUCCUCAUAAAAGGAUGUUCCAGUGGGGUACCAAUGACUGGUUCCUGAUCCCAACUAGAAGCUUUCUUGGUCAAGAUUUGGAAAUCGCCCUCUGGAUUGACUACACAGGCCGAUCACCAUCAUGGUACUGCCUUUACGUAAUCAUCUACGAUUUACAAGCCAGUCACAAAUGGUACUUUAAAAUCAACCAAUGGUUGGAUCUACCACCCAGAGGUAACGUCUAUAUCAAAAUUCCCGCAUCGGAGGAAACAAAACAAAGAAAAUUCUCAAUGGUACGACUUUUACCACGACGGUCAUACCAAACCGAUUUUGAUUUUUUCACCAAGAUGACUCUACUACUCUCAAUUGUUUUAAUGGUAUAUUUGACGUGUUUGGUCAUGUAUGGUGUACCACAACUUGAGUUGAGCGAUGGUUUUGCAUGGUACUGCCAUUAUGGUUUUCAUUGGGAACCAAUCGCUAUUGGUUUUGGAUGUUCAGGGGUCACAUUCUUGACUCAUAUGAUUUGGGUAUGGUUUUACAGACGGGCAAAACUCGUCAGUUUGGUGAUUUUGACGGCAAAUAUUGUUACAAGUGUCACAAUUUUGGUGGUUUUCGGAUUUUGGGAACCACCAAUAAUGAGUUGGUUUUGGUUCACGUCGGUGGUACUCGCCCUGAUGGUUUAUUUCCUCGUUUUGGAGAAUUUAUCUGAGGUGUUUUGGAAGAAAAACGGUGAAAAAUUCGUCUGGACUGAUCAUUUGUCUCGACUUUUUCGCGAGGUUGAAACCCAAAGGAGGUACCUUUUUCGGAAAUUUGGAGAAAACGUUUUGCGUGCCUAUUUUGGGCACUUGUACCAACCAAUGGACAUUUCCGAGAUUAAAAAACGUAAACACCAAAUUUUUUCACGUUUCAAAAUUUUGGCACUUCUCGAAGACACAAUUAUGUUUUCAUGCUACAUAAUCCUUCUUUAUUUGGCAAUUUAUGCUAAUAAGAACCCACAAACGAUCCUCAAUCAUGGGCAAUUCCAAAAUUUGAUGGCUGGAUACUCUAAUAUUACUUCAAUUUCGGGGUACUACCGGUACCUUAACAUGACUUUUGCCCCAACUUUACACCUCCAACAAUGGUACUCGAAAUACGUGGUUGAUGCUCCGGGUACCAUGUCGGAUUUUUGUAACAAAUUCCUCGGCGUGGUUCGCUUACGCCAGAAACGAGUCAUCAAGUACCAAUGCAAGGUACCAUCGUAUUUGAAAUUUGCCCAAACGAACUCAUGUCGAUCGGAAUUUUGGUACUCCAUGGAGAGUCAUACAAAUUUCAGUUAUUUGGCCCAAUUUAGACCCAUCUGGAACUAUACCAUUCCCGAAUUAGCUGGGAUUACGGUAGUUGUUGGUAAAUUUGGGAUAUAUGAUGGUGGGGGUUUUGUAUCCCCUCUUGGUCGUACUUUAUACAACACUUAUGUCAAUAUUAACUACAUGGUGGAUAAUAAGUGGAUAGAUGGAGCCACCAGUGCAAUUUUCUUGGAGUUUUUGGCCUAUAAUGUCAACACAAACUUGUUUAACGUGAUACGACUUGUGACCGAGUUAAGUACUACCGGUUUUUUCCGGAAUAAACUGGAAUUGGACACUGUCCAAUUGCUUUUUGUCAGAGAUGAGGAUAGUAUCGUCCAGGUUGUGAUUUUUGGGGCUUUUAUCGUCAUCGUGUUUGUUUUUACGUUGAAGAUUUUGACACGAAUCUGGCAAGGGAAGGGUUUGGUCAUGUUCCAGGAUCUCUGGAUUGUGGUCGACUUGAUCAUAGUUGGUAUGAGUUAUGGGUGUUUUGUUUCGUUCGUCUAUCGAACCCAGUUGGUCAAAGAGUUUUUGUCGAAAAUGGAAAAAGUCAAAAAGAAUCAAUUCAUCAACUAUUUCCAUUUGGUUUAUGCCGAAUUGACAUUCACACUAGUGGCAGCAUUGCUUGUUUUUGUGUCAACAGUGAGAUUGUGGAAGUUGUGCCGUUUUGGCACCGUUUUCCAGAUCAUGGAGAAGACAUUAGCUUCGUCAAUUGUGUCAAUUUUAUCAUUAUUUGUCUCACAUAUUUGUUUCAUUGUUGCUUUCACUUUUCUUGGUUGUCUAAUUUUUGGUUUUGAAUCUGAUGAUUUCAAAGACAUGGCUGAUAGUUCUGUCUCUUUGAUGCGACUCUCGACCAGAUUGAUUAAUUCUUUCAAUGUCGAUCAUUUGAUUCGUUUGAAUCCGGUUUUGGGUAAUGUUUUUUUCACCUCUUAUAUGAUGAUAAAUCAGUUAUUGGUGUCACUUUACGUUUCUAUAAUCAUAAUUUGUUACCACAAAGCAGUUAGGGUGAAUACUAGUCAUCACGAUUUUACUAAUUUGAAACAAUUUGUUUCGAAAGAAGUCAAUUAUUAUAAAACUUCGUUCCAAGUGGCGUUUUUUCGUCUCAGAGCUGGACGUGGCAAAAAUUUUGUAAGUCCAAAACCGGACGAAAUUCGUUACGAAAACUGUCUGACUUUGUCGUCAAACACUUUGGAAUUGAUGCGUUGUAUCGUUUGGUAUGACUUGAAGAAGUACACCAUGAGUGGGCGAGAGAAGUUGGAGUUGAUGGAACGUGUUGUUGGGACUUGUAGAGCGAGUCCAAACGAGUUUUUUUUCACGGGAAAGGCCAAACGCCGAAUACGGAUCAUCCAUGAUGAGAGGAUUCGGAGAGUGGCAGCUGCGACUCAAUUAAUCUUGUUUUUUGAUGUUGAGAGGAAGAAACGACAGGAGGAGAGAGUGAAACUGGUGUUGAAACAACAGGAGAUUGUCUUGGAUUAUGUCUUGGAGGUGUUGAAGACUGUUUUGACUAUUGUUUCGAAUAUUGAUGUAGAGUGA